GACGUGAGGGUAGGUUAGGAGGUUGAGUGCGUUUCGUUGUGCGUUAAUUCGUGAAAAUCGCGUGUUUUCCCGUGAAAUAAUAAACCCGUGAAUGACAACUCGCUGAGAAAAUAAUUUUCCGAUAGCCGUCGCCAUUACAAGCGCUCAUUACCAUGCACGCAUUCUCUAUAUUUGAUCCGAGCUGAUUUGUGAUUGUUAUUAUUUACCAUCCGCAAUACCUCUUUGUAUAGUAACUAAGGUAAGUGGUAGCGAUGGCACGACGUCGAAAAAACACGUUUUUGCGUAGAAUGAACGGUACAAUGGAGCCACGCAGGAGCGACGGUCACACUCACGGUACGUCCAAGGGACCCAAAAACUACAAGUUGCUGGUCGACCCGUUUCUGGUCAAGGGGGCCGCCAAACUGUAUCGGUACGACGGGGUUGUGCCCAACGACGCCUCGUACCGCCCGCCUGUCCCCCGUGACCCCAGAUCCCAUCUCACGAGAAUCUGGACCAGGCUGGAAACGCUCGACCUGCCUGUACCAAGGUUCAAAAUCGACACAAACUACGUCGGCGAACCUCCCUCCAUCGAAGUGACGAUUUUUCACUUGAACGACAACAUUGACAAACAGUUCCUGAAAGAUAUGGUCCAGAAGUUCGGCGUCGUCGAAGAGCUCUUCAUCUACUACCACCCCCAGACCAACAAGCACCUCGGCAUCGGGCGCGUCGUGUUCGAGAGCGUCGCCGCCGCCAAGCUGUGCGUGGAAAAGCUCAACGACACCAGCGUCAUGGGCCAGAUCCUAGAAGUCUUCCUAGACCCGUUCGGCGAAAAGUGUAAAAAGAAAUUCGAAGAUUGUACAGUAGAAAAGCGGCCACCGCUCGUGAUCGAAAACACCCCGAAAGCCGAACCCGAAAAGCCGAAAGUCGACGAAGAGGCGAAGAAGAAGGAGGAGAAGGAGAAGGACUUGCACGAAGAGAUCAAGAAGAAGGACAGGGAGAGGGAGAGGGAGAGGGAGCGGGAGCGUGAGCGAGAACGAGAGAGGGAAAGGGAGCGGGAGCGGGAAAGGUAUAGGGCGUACCGGAACGACUACGCCACGCCUAGCAGCUCGGACAUGGGCUACGGUACGGCGUCGAGCGAGUUUUCGGCGAAUUACGGGUCUGCGGGGACCACGCCUCUGGCGUACGACUACGCCCACAACAUCCAGCUAGCGCACCAGUACCCGUACGCCACGCCCACGUACCACUGCACGCCGGCGGCCGUGUGGCCGAUGGCCACGCCCCAGUGGCCGUCGGAGAUGUGGGACCGGACGCCGGUCCCGCCCAAGUGGCCCGAAAAGGAGCACGCCCCCAAGGAGCACAAAGAGGAGAAAAAGGAGAAGAAGCGGAACAACGCCGUGGUGGCGCCCCCCACCACGAAAACCAAGAAGGAAAAAGAGAAGGAGGAGGAGGACGGGAAGACGCUGGAUUUGGACACGCGGAUCGCUCUCUUGCUGAAGGGACGCGGCACGGGCGAGAAAGCCCCGCCCUUUUUGCUGCUGGGCGGGGACUCGGACGACGAAUCAAAGUCGUCGUUCGACCGGAUGCCCAAGUCCGUGCCGAUACCGACGUCCAUCGACAGCGACGACGACCGGUCGAGUAUUUCGCUUAGUGAUAUGCCGAUUAAUCCGCCAGCUCCAGAUUUCGAUUCAAGUUCUGUGAAAAACGACGACAAUGCCCCGCUGUCGGUGCCUCCGUCGCCCUUUUUGUCCAAAGAGAUUUAUCUGGAGUGUCACAGGAUGGCGCUGGAGCAGGAAGUGGUGGCUCGGCAAAAGGAGGCCCUUGAGACCACCGCGCUCCUCAAACAAAUCGACAUGGCGAAGAUCGGCAGCGACAUCUCCUCCAGCGAAGACGAACUCCUCACCGGGGACAACUACAGUCCUAUCGAUCGGAAAAGUGUGAAGAACGACAAAGACGACGACCGGAUGAGUCUGUCGCCGCUUAGUGACACCGAGCAGAAGAUCGAGGAGUCGAAAUUGGUGAUGCCGAUAAGCGGGGCUUACCCGUACCAGCAGUACCCGGGGUAUCCCGGAAUGCCCUAUUCGUACCCGUACAGUCAGCACGACUGGAGGCAGUCGUACCCCUACACCCACCAGAUGUACUUGACCGCCGCUUCUUCCUACACUCCUUAUCCUUCCAUGCACCCAAUCCAGAACUACAUGAGCUACCAAAUCACCCCCAAACGCUCCGACAGUUUCAAAGACGAUCCGCACUCUCCGACCAUCAACGCGGUGAUCCAACAAAUAACGCAAGAACUCAAAGCCAUCCUAAAAAAGGACUUCAACAAGAAGAUGGUCGAGAAUACGGCGUUCAAGAAGUUCGAAGCGUGGUGGGAGGAAGAGAGCAGUAAAGAGAACAAGAACAAGGAAGAGGUGGUCGAGAAACCUAUUCAGAGUAGGGAUAACAUCAACGUUCUUCUGGAAGCCAACAGAGAGAAUCUCUACUCGAAUAUAAACCUGGACAACGUCGGCUUCGGUUUAGGCUUGAAGGCGUCGCUCCCGAAGAUGCCGAGUUUCAGACGAAAGAAGAUUCCUUCUCCGAUUCGAGAAGACGAGGAUUCGAGGAAGUUGAGCGAUAAUGAUGAGAUCGUCCACGAUUCGGACACCGAAGUCCCGUCGAGGCCGUUACGACGGAUCCGGAAGCACUCCACGUCGACGAGUAGCUCAGAGAGCUCGAGCUUGAGUUCCGAGAGCGAGAGUUCUAGUUCGGAUGAGAGUUCGUCGGACUCGGAAAGCGAAGUCGAGGCGAAAGUCGAGAUCGUGAAGAAGGAAAAAACGCCCGAAUUGAUGGAAGUCGAAGAGGUGGAGGUGAAGAAACCGGAAUCGACGAAGCCGAAUCGGUACUCGAAGAUCUACAAGAGCGACAGCGACCUCAGCGACGGGGAGAUGGAGUUCUUGGAGCGCCGCAGGCGCAACACCGAGUGGAUGGAGCAGAUCGAGAAGGAACGACAACAGAGGGAGGAGGAGACGACGCCCGGAGUGCACAUAGUGGACAAAAAGCCUCCGACGCCCAAGAUCGACGACGUGGAGAUGAAAGACGACGAGGAAGAGGAAGGUGAGGUGAUCGAGCGACUCGAGGAUAAGUCGUUGGAGAUGUUGGAGAACGAGAGGGAGGAGCUGUUGAGGCAGGUCAGAAAUCCGGAGCCUCCUGAAGACGCGACGACGGUCUCCGAAGCGGACGAGGCGCUCGCGCAAAGCAGCAGCGACGACGAGAACCUAGAGGCCCGAAGAAAGAAGAAGGAGGAAGUCAAGGAGGAGAUCAACGGGGUCUUGGAGGCGGAGAAGGCGGCGAAGAGGGUGUCGGAGUCGUCUGCCGGCGGCAGCAGCCCGAGUUCGCAGGUCACGUUGGAGCAUUCGUACUGCAUGCAACCGGUGGAGGUGUCAGCAGAGGCGACCCAGGAGAACCUGGUGCACGACCACGGCUACACCACCACCAAGGAGAAGGAGCAACCCAUCGUCAAAGAAAAACCUCCGCGACCACGUAAACGCAAAGACCACAAGAAACUCCAAGAGCUCCAGAACACCAUGAACUACCGCGACGCUUACGACCGCUACAAACCCGAAGCGCCGUACACCAUCCACACGGUCAAGCACAAAGAGCGCGACGUGAUGAGUCAGAUGGGGAUUUUGUACGAGUUCCUCACCAAAGGGAUAGACCACGAGGACAUCCAGUACAUGAAGCAGAGCUACGAGUUUAUGCUGGCCGACGACACGAUGGGCUACUGGUUGAACGACACCCAUUGGGUGGAUCAUUGCGUCACGGAUCUCUACUCCAGUCCACCGAAGAGGCGGAAAAAGGACGACUUGAAGGUGCACGCGAGCGGGUGCGCUCGGACGGAGGGCUACUACAAGAUCGAAGCGCACGAAAAGGCCAAGUACAAGUACCACCACGCCAAGUCGAACGCCAUCGUUUCGCCCAACGUGCCGGUCACGAAGAUGCAAGGUUUGUCGAGGGAGGCGCGGUCGAACCAGAGGAGGCUCCUCACGGCCUUCGGGGGCGACACGGACUCGGAUCUCCUCAAGUUCAACCAGCUCAAAUUCAGGAAAAAGCAUUUGAAGUUCGCCAAGUCGGCCAUCCACGACUGGGGCUUGUUCGCGAUGGAGCCCAUCGCGGCUGAUGAGAUGGUGAUCGAGUACGUGGGUCAGAUGGUACGACACAGCGUUGCUGAUCUGAGGGAGAGGAAAUACGAAGCGACGGGAAUCGGGAGUUCGUACUUGUUCAGAAUCGACCUGGAGAACAUCAUCGACGCGACGAAGUGCGGGAAUUUGGCCAGGUUUAUAAAUCACAGUUGUAACCCGAAUUGCUACGCGAAAGUCAUCACGAUAGAGUCGCAGAAGAAGAUUGUGAUUUAUUCGAAGCAGAGUAUAGGAGUGAACGAGGAGAUAACGUACGAUUACAAGUUUCCGAUCGAGGACGAGAAGAUUCCUUGUCUUUGUGGUGCGGCGACGUGUAGAGGAACUCUAAACUAAAAGGGGGGAACAGACUUUAAAACCGAGUUAGUUGCUAUAUAUAUUUUAAAUUAUCUUUUUUAUUUGUAUAUAUGUUUCUGUAAAUAGUACUUGGUUAUUUGUGCUUGUUUUUCAUCACAAACACAAAUAAAUUCAUUAACAGCUCGUCUUUCAAAAA